GUCUUGCCGGAAAAAGAAAGAUAGAAAAAAGGAAAGAGAAAGGGGAAAAAACAGAAGUGCUAACGAAGGAGAUCAGUCAAAACAUAAACACUGCGGGCACGACCAAAAACGUGACCUUAAACUGCGGUGGUUUUUGGAUCGCCCGUGCAUGAGUGUGUUCAGGGCACAUCUCCCUAAUGUGUCGAGCUUUUGUUUGCGCGUGACUCGAAGGUGAAGGAAGGAAAUCUGCGCAGAGGAUUAACAAGUGCGGAGACUUUGGGCCUACAGCAGAGGUAACACCGCUCGGUAGUUAGCUCUCCAUUUUCUCGCUACGACCAAUGUUUACAUGUUGUCAGCUUGAGCCAGCACUCAUAACAGAGCCAUUGCUGACGCUAUGAACUCGUGUUUCUCCUGCACUUCUCCUUACACAAUAUUUACUCGUCGGGUCUCUUCUGUUAGAAGAGACAGUCAGACAGAAUGAGCGAUACAGACGGCAAAUCCAGUGUCCCAAAUGGUGGUUCUGAUGAUCUAGAUCCUGGAGAAGGAAGAGGGGAAGCAGAUACAUCUGCAGCGCCAGAGACCCAAACCAGCCCUGAGUCAGCAAAUUUAAGUUCAGCUCCAGAGGGAAGUGAGGGUGGUCAGGACAGGCCCAUGGCAGACUCUGAGCAGAAGCAGGAACUGGGAGAAGAGGAGGACACUGACAGCAUGGAUGGCAGUGGGCUGUACUCUCUCACAGAAGAAGGAGAGAGAGAGAGUGAGGGAGGAGGGAGGGGAAAAGAUGAAAGUAAGAGAUCCGCCAGGAAGAGGAAUCGACCCAGCGGCGGUGCCACACGUCACUCUUCCAGUUCAGACGAUGAUGAUGAUGAAGAAGAUGAGGAGGAUGACGUGGAGGAAGAAGACGAGCAAGCCAUGGAAGCGUGGCUGGGAGCAGAUCUGUGUGACCUGAGUCGUCCUUCAUGGUGCGCAGUCCCCUCUCUGCGUUCCAGAGAGAUCGGCCGUGAUUCGCACCAGUUUGCGAGGAGGGUGUGUGGGGCGCGGGGUCUGGUGCAGAGGCUGGAACUGCAGGGCCGUCUGGAGAGACACACAGGCUGCGUGAACACCCUCCAUUUUAACCCCUCCGGCACCCGUUUGGCAUCCGGCAGCGAUGACCUCCGCGUGGUGAUCUGGGACUGGGCUCGCAGAAAGGCGGAGCUGGAGUUUGACAGCGGACAUAAGAGCAAUGUCUUUCAGGCAAAGUUCCUCCCACACAGCGGUGACUCCACAUUGGCCAUGUGUGCCAGAGAUGGACAGAUCAGAGUGGCUGAGCUUUCUGCCACACAGCGUUGCAAGAACACCAAAAGAGUGGCCCAGCACAAAGGUGCAGCUCAUAAGCUUGCACUGGAGCCAGACUCUCCCUGCUCUUUCCUCUCCGCUGGUGAAGACGCAGUCGUGUUCGGCAUUGACCUGCGUUUAGACAGACCUGCCAACAAACUGGUGGUGGUGAAGGAGGGCGAAAAGAAGGUUGGGCUGUAUACCAUUUUCGUGAACCCAGCCAACACACACCAAUUUGCUGUGGGUGGUAGAGACCAGUAUGUCAGGAUCUAUGACCAGAGAAAGAUAAAUGAACACGAUAAUAAUGGUGUGCUAAAGAAGUUUUGUCCCUCUCACUUGGUGUCCAGCGAGUCCAAAACAAAUAUCACCUGUUUAGUGUACAGCCAUGAUGGCACAGAACUGCUGGCAAGUUACAAUGACGAGGACAUUUACCUUUUCGACUCCAGCCACAGUGACGGGGCUGAUUACCGUAGAAGAUACAAGGGUCACCGCAACAAUGCUACAGUGAAGGGGGUUAACUUUUAUGGUCCCUGUAGUGAGUUUGUUGUCAGUGGCAGUGACUGUGGACACAUCUACUUGUGGGAUAAGAACUCUGCUCGUGUGGUUCAGUUUAUGGAGGGAGACCGGGGAGGAGUGGUGAACUGUCUGGAGCCACAUCCUCAUCUUCCAGGUUUAGCCACCAGUGGUUUGGACCAUGAUGUGAAGCUGUGGGCGCCCACUGCUGAGAAUCCCACAACACUAAAGGGACUUAAAGAGGUAAUGAAGAAGAACAAGCGAGAGCGUGAUGAAGACAGCGUUCGUCAUGGUGACCAGUAUGACACACAGCUCCUCUGGUUCCUGAUGAGACACAUGAGAAACCGAAGACCUCAGCGAGCCCGGCGAGGGGAGGGAGGAGAGGGCGACACAGACGAAUCCUGGAGCUCGCCAGAUUCCUCUGAUGAAGAAGACGGAGGGCCAGACCAUGUGCAGUGCAUGUCCUCCUGAGCCACACACCUACACACACACACACACACACACACACACACUCUUUGCCAUAUAUUUAAGCACAUACAUACUAGUAACACACUGGUACACAAAUAGACACUGAAAGGCCAGCAACAAACCCACACACAGCUUUAUAUACACAUACACAGUGUGAGGGAGAGGGAAACGAUUGUCAAAAUCUGGCUUUAUGCUCUACACACACACACACACACACACACAGAUACAUUACUAGGGGAAGAACUGAUACUGAAAUUCAUAUUUUUGAUACAUUUGCAACCACACACGCAAUUAACCACUCUGAUUUUAUGCAAACAUGGACACAGACACAUUUCAUUCCCAGUUUUACAGCGCAUCACAUGGAAGACCACAGCCGAUGAUCGAGAAAUAUCGCCUCUACUGUUUUGCUGCCUUAGUUUAUCAACAUCCAAGAAGCAGCGUUUUGCUGCAGCAGUCGUGAGGCGCAGAAGAGGACAUUUCUCAUCUGUGCUGUAGAAAACAGGUCCACUUUAAGCUUUUCUUUCACAGCGAUGUUUUCUGUGCAUGAUGGGACAGUGCGGACACUCAAAGCCAGUCCUUUUGCAGAUUACUGAUAUGAUGAGUGUUACUUGUUCAAAAACAGCACCAUCCUUCACUCGCCUCAUCAGUUUUCUCCAGUGAUCUGAACUGCCUCUGUUUCCAAGACUGAGCUGACGUUUGUUAUUUUUGGACUGCAAUCUUUGUCUUUUUCAUUGCAUCGAUAGACUGUCAUCGGCGUCUGGCCGUCCAAUCCGGUCUUGUCUUUGUUCUCUUCUCCUGUGUGUGUGUGUGUGUGUGUGUGUGUGUGUGUGUGUGUGUGUGUGUGUGUUUUCUGAAGCCAGGCGCGGCAAAUUUUCUUGAGGUCAAUCAUGCUCUCGUAGAUCUGACUGAAGACAGAAGAUGAGCCAGAGCUACUUAAUCUGGUUUUAGAGCUGGCUGUUUUUCUCCGUUCCUCUCUCCCAUGCUACUGAGUGCACUUUAAUCAGGGAUCUGCUUUGAGUUUUGAAUCUCUAAGACGAGUGUGAGCUUAGGGGGCAUGCAAUACUUGGGUUAAAUGUUUAUUUAGCUAAUUUAGUUGUUUUUGCCCUGAAAUUCCCCAAACUUAUUGUGGACUUUUAAAUUGAAUACAGAGAUUUGACACCAGCUCUUUGGUUUUUGGUUUUGCACUUGGGUGGAGAUGACUUGGAGUUCUUGAAGAAAUUUCAAAAGGCUACAAAAUGUAACUCUCGUCUCCAUGGACUGCUUUCGUCUUCUCAGCCCUGUCCCGUAGAAAUUGAGAGCAAAGACGAUGAUGUGCUCAGAUCCAGUGAUUUGUUGAAUCCUUGUUUCUUCCUCUGUCUUUUGUUUGAAUACACAUCCUCGAGAUCUUUGCCUAACUAGGUAGAAAGGAUCAAAUGUAGCAGGAUGUUCCAUGUUUGCCUGAAGAACCCACUAAGCCCUCGCAACCCAUUUUUCAUAAAAAUGGUGGCUGUUCUUUGUCAGUAUUUGGAUUCAGCUGGUUAAGAGCAAACAUGGAUGGACUGUGACCUGUUGCAACUUGCAUGUUGAAAAGAAUUAUGGGUCAAGGGCAGGGGAUGUAAAGCACUUGUGGGGGUACGCAGGGAUGGGUAAGAAGCUUGAAUUACUUUGCCCCCUUUUUCCUUCUUCUUUUGUAAGGGAAAUAAAGUCUCAACUUUU